AAAGAAAAGUUUAACAACUGAGCACUGUAGUGUUUGUGCAAUGCCACAACAAUAAUGUACUUUGUACGCCAGUAGUUUUACGUCAUUAUCCUUGCAUUUAUUGAUGCAAGGUAAAGUUUUCCUGGGAAUGAUGCGCACUCGUUCAGGUUUGUGUACGGAAGUGGUCUGCAGGUUGUAGGGUCAAAGGGUAAAGGCUAUUCCUCCUUCGUUGAGAACACAGCCAUCUUGGAUUUUACGAAGUCAAGUGAAAUUGAUGCGGUGACAAAAGGCAUGUUUGGUUCUAGAAAGAAAUUUCCAGAGUUUGUGGAGGUCGUGGACAAUGACUUUACCGAUGAAAGCAUGUACUACAACCAGCCGUCGAUGUUCCCACAUCGGUCGGACAAAGACAUGCUGUCGUCACCUUCGCCGUCGUCGUCGUCAUCGGGGCAGCUGUCACAGCUUGGUGCAAGUUUGUACGGUCCACAAAGUACGCUUGGCUUUUCGGUAAGAGGCAUGGGAAACAGCACGCCUCAACUAAACCGAAAUUUAACGCAAAGCUCCCAGCUACCAAGUCAUAUCACCCCCACAACAGGUGUCCCUACCAUGUCCCUACAUACUCCCCCAUCGCCAAGCAGGGGGACUUUGCCAAUGAACACGAGGAACAUGCUGAACCACUCUCAGGUCGGUCAAGGCCUCGGUAUGAGCAACAGGACCAAUAGUAUGAGCAGCUCGGGCCUCGGCAGCCCCAAUCGCAGCUCUCCUAGUAUCAUCUGUAUGCCCAAACAACAACCAGCACGCCAGGCCUUCACUGUAAACAGCAUGUCUGGAUUUGGAAUGAACCGCAACCAGGCGUUUGGAAUGAACUCAUUAUCAAGCAAUAUCUUCAAUGGUACAGAUGGCAGUGAAAACUUAGCGGGACUGGAUCUGUCAGAUUUCCCUGCAUUAGCGGACAGGAGCCGGAGAGAAGGGACAGGAAACCAGUCGGCGGUGCUCAACCCGCUGGCUGGAAGGGCUCCUUAUGUUGGCAUGGUGACAAAACCAUCAACAGAACAGUCACAGGAUUUCUCCAUCCACAACGAAGACUUCCCUGCACUGCCUGGCGCAAACUACAAGGACCCCUCGUUAAACAGUGACGACAAUAAAACUGUAAAUAACUUGAACGCCACAAGCAAGAGCACAUCCAACGCAGACGGACCCAAGUUCCCUGGAGACAAGGUGGCCUCGGCACAGAACAACAACCUGAAGAAAGGGAUCCAGGUGUUGCCUGAUGGUCGGGUGACCAACAUUCCCCUAGGAAUGGUAACGGACCAGUUUGGCAUGAUAGGUCUUUUGACGUUCAUACGGGCAGCAGAGACCGACCCAGGGAUGGUGCAUCUGGCGCUCGGAAGUGACCUCACAACACUGGGACUCAAUUUAAAUUCACCAGAAAACCUUUACCCUAAAUUUGCUUCUCCUUGGGCCUCAGCGCCUUGUCGACCACAAGAUAUCGACUUCCAUGUUCCAUCGGAGUACUUAACCAAUAUCCACAUACGGGACAAGCUGGCUGCUAUAAAACUUGCUCGAUAUGGUGAAGACUUGUUGUUCUACUUGUACUACAUGAAUGGUGGCGACUUGCUCCAACUUCUAGCAGCCUCAGAGCUCUUUAACCGGGACUGGCGGUACCACAAAGAGGAGCGAGUGUGGAUCACCCGGGCGCCUGGCAUGGAGCCCACACUGAAGACCAACUCUUACGAGAGGGGGACCUACUACUUUUUUGACUGUCUUAACUGGAGGAAAGUGGCCAAGGAAUUCCACCUGGAGUACGACAAGCUGGAAGAGAGGCCUCACGUGCCGACGACAUUCAACUACAAUCCAGCCCAGCAGGCGUUCUAAGGCUCCAGGGCGCUGUUUUUAUUCCUCGAGGAUUUGUCUAUUUGACUGCAGGAGGCGGGAGGGCGUGUCUGACAUCAGAACUCCUUUUCAUGCUGCCCACAGCACCAACACUUGUUCCGUUUUUAUUCUGUUUGUUUCCCCCUGUUUUUUUUCCUUUUGUCUUGAUUUUGAGCAGGGUCUGUGUUAUGUUUACGUCUUGGAGUCUGAAGCCUGAGUUCUCCCAGGGACCCUCGAUUGUAACACCAGAAAUAAGGGCAAGGCUAAGUUAACAUCCUCAGACUCAAGUGAAAGAAAUGCAAUGUUUAUUGUUGCACUAUAUUUAGUAAUAAAAGAACACAACAUUU